CACAAGCGAGCGCGGUCCCUGCCAACGUGGCAGUCGCCAUCACGUCCCACGCGGGGCACGCAUGGGCUGGUGCCGCUGCGGAAGCGGCGGAUCUGGGCGGAGGGGGCGCAAAUGCAGGCGGCCAGCGCGCACCAGCAGGGCGGCUUGCCCCCUCCGCAGCAUCACCUCCAUCCCCACCAGCUGGCCGCGCACCAUGCCUAUGCGCAGCACCUUCAGCAGCAGCAGCAACAGCAGCAGGCGGUGGGGACGCCGCACAUGGUGGCGAACGGGCUGCAGCAGCACCAGCAACAGCCAGCGCCGCAGCACCACCACCUGGCAAGGCCGCAGGACGCGCUCGCCAACGGCGCCGUCCACUACCCCCACCACCUGUCCCAACACAUGCCUACGCACCAAUACACGCCGGGACUCCCCCCACCCCCCGACGGCACGCCAGCCUCCGCCUCCGCAGCCUCCGCAGCUGCAGCCGCGGCGGCUGCCGCGGCAGCCGCGGCCGCAGCCGGCGCCGCGCCCUCCAAUUCUGCCUACCAGAUGCACUACCACCACUCCACAGCCCACAUGCACCAGCUUCAGCCGACCCACUCCAACGGCGUGUCCGCUGCCAGCGCGGCCGCAGCAGCUGCCGCAGCAGCUGCAGCCGCGGCGUCCGACCCGUACGCGGUUGCGCUGCAGGACGCUGCCGCCGCUGCCGCCGCUGCCGCCGCCGCCGCGGCGCAACAGCAGCAGCACCAACAGCACCAGCAGCACCAGCACCAGCUGCAACAGGUGCAGCACCAAUCACAGGCGCACCAGACCCUGCCCCAACACGCCUACCAACAGGCGCACGCGGCCGCGGCGGCCGCAGCCGCGGCAGCUGCGGCGCAGGGCACGCCGCAGCACGGGCAUUCCAUGGGCAGCGGCGGCGCCCCAGCCACGGAUGCCGCCGCCGCAGCGGCGGCGGCGGCAGCACACCAUCACCACCACCAGCUUGCGGCGCAGAUGGCGGCAGCGGCGGUUGCGCACUUGCAGCACCAACAGGCGGGCGCUGGGGCUGCGCACGGCCAGGGUGCCGCUGCACACCAGCAGCACCAACACCAACACCAACACCAACACCAACAGAUCGGCGGGCAGGAGUUGCCACAUGCCGGCUCUCACCACUCGCACCACUCGCAGCACCCGCAGCACUCGCACCAUCAGCACCACUUGCAGCAGCACCAACAGCAGCACCAACAGCAGCAGCUGCAGCAGGGGCAGGCCACGCCUGCGACCCAACAGCAACACCAACACCAACAACAGCAGCAACAACAGCAGCAACAACAGCAAGGCACGCCCCUGCCGCAGAUGCCAGGUCUACAGGAUGCAGGGCCGCUGCAGGCACAUGUGCACGCCGCAGCUGCGGCCGCAGCCGCUGCAGCGAUUGAAGCGGCCGCGGCCACAGCAGCCGCACAGCAAGACGGCUCUCGGCAGCCACGCAGCGCGCGCAGCACGAGCGUCGCUAGCGCUGGUGCGACGGCUGCGGCCGCGGCUGCGGCCGCUGCGGCUGCGGCGGCCGCUGGCACGGGUGUUGGUGGUGCCGGCACGCCCAUGCAGGACGGGGCGGGGGCAGGCGCUGGCGUCGCCGGCAAUGCGGCGACAUGGAUGGACGCGGUCCUGGCGGCGGGCGCUGAUGCGGGCGGCCAGCCGCGCGCCAAGCGGGCCCGCUCCUCCGUGUGGACGCCCGACGAGGAGCUGCACAUGGUCACGCUGUACCGCAGCCUCACGGAGCGCAUGGCGGUGCCGGGGGCAGGAGGCGGCGGCGGCGGCGGAGCCGGCGGCCCGCUGGCGACGGAGGCGGGACGCAAGGCGAUGUGGGAGGCCAUCAAUGCCGGGCUGGCGUCGCUGGGCUAUGAGCGCAAGGUGGCGUCGGUGGUGCAGCGGUGGGGCAACCUACAGGCGGCGUAUCGCAACCUCAGCAGCUAUCUGGCCACGCUGGAGGGCGGCGCGCCGCGCUUCUGGGGCGCCAAGGCCUCGCAGCGGAAGCAGAUCUUCCAGGCGCUCAAGUCACCACUGACGCUGGACCAGCGCGUAUGGGAGGCCAUGGUGGACGUGAUGCGCAACGAGCCCGCGCCCGCGCCCAUACCGCUCAUGCAGCAGGGCAGCGGCACAGGCACCGGCGUCAGCGGUGGCAACGGCGCGGGCGGCAACGGCAGUGGUGGCGGCGCCGCGGGCGCAGGCGGCGCGACGGCGGCAGGGGCCGCGGUUCCGGCUGCGGCGGCCGCGGCCGCAGCCAUGGCCAAUGGACAUCAUGCGGGUGUGGGUGGCGGCGGCAAGGCGGACGGAGGGCCGGGUAUCCAGCAGGAGGGCAGCGGCGGCGAGGACAUUGUGCGGCAACACACCAUGGAGCUGCCCGCGCCGCCGGCGCACUACAUGGAUGCCACGAUGGCGGCGGCGGCGGCAGCAGCGGCGGCGGCGGCCCACGCAGGCGAGGGUGGCGUUGACGGCGGCGCCGGCUCCGGCGGGGACCGCGGCGGCGGCGGCGGCGCGGGUGUUGGGACCGGCCAUAUGGGGUUAGGCCUGCCAGGGGCACACGGGAGGGGCCCAAGCGCUGGCGGUGCUGCUCCAGUUGGGGAGUACGGGUCGCCCAUGCCGGGUGGGGACGCCGGCGCACAUGCCGUGGCUCACGCGGCGGCAGCGGCGGCCGCACACGCGGCGGCCGCGGUGGCGGCAGCGGCAGCCACGCGCGGAGGCUCUGGGGGUGGUGGUGGCGUGUCCGACGGCGCCGCGGUGGCGGCGGCACAUCACCACCACCAUCAGCAGCAACAACAGCACCACCAUCAGCAGCAGCAGCAGCAGCAGCAACAACAGCAACAACAGCAACAGCAGCAACAACAGCAGGCCCUUGUGGCCGCGGCCGCAGCUGCGGCGGCGGAUGCGGCUGAGAACGGCGACGGCAGCGGUGGCGAUGAGGACUCACCAGACGAGCCGCCGCAGCACCACCCACCCGUCACUCCGCCGCCGCUGCACCACCCGCACCACCACGCCCUUGUGCCCGCGCCGCACCUGAAUAGCGCCGCUUCCGGCCCCGCACACCCGUCACACCAGCAGCAACACCCCGCCCAUCCACACCCGGAAGAGCAUGUCCAGCCCACGCCGCCGCCGCCUGCAUUGCAGCAUGCGCAGCCAGGUCAGCGGCAGCCGCCGCCGGCGCACUACCACACGCCCAUGCAUGGUCAGCACGGGCUCGUCGACGUGGGCGCCGGCGCCUCCGGAGCCAUGCAGGCGCACGCGCAAGCGCAGCAGCAGCAGCUGCAGCAACAACAGCAGCUGCAGCAACAGCAGCUUCAGCAGCAGCAGCUGCAGCAGCAACAGCAGCUGCAGCAGCAACAGUUUCUGCAGUCGACGCAGCUGGCAUACCAGGGGCACUACAGGAACGCGCUCGGGUUCGUGCCUGGGGCCAAUGGCGUUGCCGCCAGCCCCGCCACUGCUGCUGCCGGCUACGGCGCCUCACCGCUGCUUGGUGCCGCUGUCGGCGCAGGGGCACCAGCCGCCACCGCAGCAGCAGCACCUGCGCCGCCGGUACCCACGGCAGCUGCGCCGCUGCCGGUGCCGCCUUUGGGCACUGUGGCGCGUACGCCAGGCCACCAUAGCACCAGUGGCGGCAGCGCGCCGUCUGCCGGGGCGGCGCCGGGUGCGUUGCUGUCGCCUCCCGCCGCCACCCGGCCCACCCACACGGUAAAUCAGCUCCUGUCGGCGAACCCGCAUCUCGGCGGUAAUGCCGUGUCAGCCGGGCCCUUCUUGUCCGCCCUAGCCGCCAGCGCGGCAGCGGGCGCGCAGCAGCCGGCCGCGGCACCGCAGCAUGGCGGGGGAGCUGGUACGGUGCCCGGUACCACGGCGUACGGUGUGGCCAGUGCGGCGGCGCCACAGGGCUUACCGCCGCCGCCCGCGUCCGCCGCCGCUGCAGCCGCCGCCGCAGCGGCUGCAGCCGCAGCAGCUGCUGGCGGCAUGGCAGGCACAGCACCACUUCCUGCCAUCACUUCAAUGCCCGCACAUGCCGCGGCGGCCGCCGUCUCGGCGGCGGCUGCAGCGGCAGCGAAGCGCGAUGUUGCCAUAUCCGCUGCGGCGAAGCGGGAGCCGCCCAGCACGUCGCUCUCAGAAUCGAUAGCGGCGGCCGCUGCCGUGGCCACGCAGGCGGCUCUGGCGGAGGCGGCGACGACGGGCGAGGCGCUUCCUGGGCGGGCACUGGCGGCGUCGCUGACGCGGAACGUGGUGUCGAGGCUGGCAGAAGCUGACCAGCUGCUGUCGCGGACCACAGCUGCGGAAACGGACCGCGCUCGCGGCUAUGUGUCGUUGAUCGCAGACUGUUUGCAGGUGCUGUCUGCCCUGCGGGGCCCGCCGCAGGCGCAGCAGCAGCAGCUGCAGAGCCCGCACCAGGUGCCUCCGGCACAGGCAGGGCAGCCGUCGCCGCAGCACCAAUUGUGCGGUGACCAGGCCCCACCUCACCAGCAGCAGCAGCAGCAGCAGCAGCAGCACCAACAGCAGCAGCACCACAGCGCACAGCAGGCGCUCUUCCACUCGCACCCGCACCCGCACCACCCGCACCAACAGCAGCAGCCCGCCGGCGCCUCCUCCCUGCUCGAGGUACCAAGUUCCAGCGGCCAGAUGGUGGCAGCGGCGGUAGCUGCCGCGGCGGCCGCUGCUGCCGCCGCCGCGGCCGGCGGCCUGCCGCCUCCGUCGGCGCCGCUGCAAUCCCAGCCCUCUGCCACGGCCCAACACAACAUGUACAGUGGCAGCAGCGGCGGCGCCGCCGGCCCGGCGGCUGUCGCGCCUCGCCGCCCGUCGCCGCAGAGUGAGCACCAGGGCCCGUCCCCGCCGCUGCCGCCACCGCCGCCGGCUGCCCCGCCCCAGCCACUCCAGAUGGCGCCGCCGCCACCGCCGCCGGUGGGCCCGCGACCUUCCUCUCUGGGCGGCGGCGGCAGCAUGGGCGGAGCCAGCGCCACCCAGGACUGUAGCCAGUCCCUGGAUCCAAGUGCGUUGGCGGGUGUUACGCUAGGCUCUAACGGGCUAGCCUCGGGCACACUGGGGUCGCUCGCGCUGGGGUCAACGCUGCUAGGCUCGGGCCGCCUGCCGAGCGGGAUGCUAGCUGGUGACUCGGCGUUGCUCACCACGAGCGCGGUCGCGGCGCUGCUGCCCGCUAGCUCCCUCGACCAGCCGCAGCAGCAACACCAGCAGCAGGCGCAGGCGCAGCAGCCGCAGAUGGGCAGUGCGGAGCUGCAGCAGCAGACGGCCGCGGCAGCCGCAGCUGCGGCAGCGGCAGCGGCUGCCGCGGCAGCAGCCAUGGGCGCCUCCGGGGUGCAGCUGCCUACAGGCAGCACGCCGCCGGCCCCGUCGCCCGCAGACGCAGCCGCACACGCGGCCGCGGGGCAGUUGCCGCACGGGCAUGGGGACCAAUCGAUGGGCGCAGGCUCCCCAGGCACGAUGGACCUGCAGCAACAGCAGCAACAGCAGCCGCACCCGCACCAGCACCAGCACAGCUCGCCGGCGGCCCAGCCACCGCCCCCGCCGCCCCCGCCGCCCCCAGCCAUCCAGCUGAGCCACUCAGGACAGGUGGUGGUGUCGCCGCCGCAGCAGCAGACAAUGGGGUCGCCGGCUCAGGCGCCCGGCGGCAGCCCAAUGCCUGGCAGCACAGGGGCGGAGGGUCAGAGUCAGAGCCUGGUGCCGCCUCCGCCACCUCCGCCCCCAGGGCCACAGCCGCAGCAGCACACCGCUGCGGAUGCGGCAGCGCUGCAGCGGGCACACUCGCACUCGGCGGCUGCGGCGGCGGCGGCUCAGGACCAGCUCAUCCGCCAGCACUCGCUGCAGUCGCAGCAGCAACAGCAGCAGCAGCAGCAGCAGCAGCACUACCUGCAACAGCAGCAGCAGCAACAACAGGAGGCCCAGCAAGCGCACGGGCACCACCCGUCGCCACACGUCGUGCAGGACGUAACGAUGGCGGAGCGCGCCGCAUCGAGUGCUGGUGCCCCGCAGGAGCAGCAAUGAGAGUGCGACGUCGUCUCUCGUGUUUGGCGUACAUGGGGCCGCAUACACAGUGCGCCGCGGUGCACGCAUCGCGCCCACUGCCACCGGCUUGGCCCUUGGGAAUCAGGGGAGGCCCCUGCUGCAUGGUACUGCAAUUUUUGGUGUGCAUUUGGCGUCGUCGGUGCGCAGAGUCAGCUCGAACAAAUGAAAUGGCGUUGACCAUGCAUCGGUGACUCUCUCCUCGCGAACCGACAUUCCCUUGCAUGCGCGCGAUACUGUGUCCAAGGCUGACGGCAAACGCGCGCCUGCGAUGCUGUGUGUGCGUCUAAGAUAAUGUGAAGACUUGACCUGUGCGCGUUGAACGGCGGCGUGUGGCUGGCCGCAAACAUGCGUGUACAAUCUGCGACCAGGGCUGUCGCCUGUGACACACGUUGUUGACGUGGAGGCGUGCACGUAACUGGACGGCUUACAUCGGGGAUGAACGCUAGUUUGGUAAUGCUUUUGUGAUUCAACACGCUGUUGAACAGUGGUGGGACACUUAUCUGUACCAGCGCCUGCCGCGGCGGGGCGCUGGAGGGGCGCACGGCAAUGCAUCACACCGGAUAGGCAUUGCGUGUGGCUCCAGGGUCAAGUCGUUAAGAUUUUGGGUUGGUGUGGAGCAGGAGGUGAAAUGACAUGGUGCUCUGGGCUCUAGCGCUAGCGCAUGCAGGCAGCCGUGCAUACCAUGCAUGCGUUGGCGCGCACUGGAGUAGAGAGUUGUGAGGCACGCCGUUUCGUGCGCGGGUUGGACGGGUGCUAGGGCACGGGGUGUUGCUGAAGGUGGUACGUCAUAUCAUGGCUGUAGCGGAGGGCUGUGCGCGCAUUACAGGCUGGAUUGUUUACGGGCGCGUGCGCCGUGUGAACUGCAGUUAGCAAAUUCGUCCUAAUGACUAUGUUGCUCAAAUGGC